UCCUUCAACUUAUUUUGUCUUCAUGUUUGUUGCUGAGAGCUGAUUGUUGUGGCCUUGACCUGUCAAUCAAACAUUGUGGGCGGUACUUUGAGGUCUUCUCAUUAGUUGCUGUGUAAAUGUUUGAGUUUCUUUAGGCGGCGCUCCUUCCUGUGUCUGUUUAGCCAUGGAGGCUAUCACUGCUCAGGAUGACUUUUGUUUACCUGAACUGACUUUUCUCUGCAUGAAAAUGGAAACUUGUCUGAGCUCUACAUGAUGAAUAAACAAACAUGAACCAAGUCUUUUCUUCUCGUCUUCAUUCCAGGGUUUCAUACAGAGCUGAUGGAGAACAUGUGAAACUAAUCAGAGAGUAGAACUGAGGCAGUUUUCCUCCUGAAACACCACAAAGUACAGAGUUCAUGUUUGUCAGUCAGUCUCUGUCCUUUCAGCUUUCCUCACUAAAACAGCUUUGUCACAGAGAAAUGAGCAGAGUUUUCUGUCACUUGUUGCUUUUUACAACCAACAUUUUGUUUGUUUGUCUGAAAUGCAUCUAAAACAGGCACCAUGAGGGUUCCUGACAGCUGGGACUGAUUUAUUGCUCCAUCACAGCUAAAGUUACUCCACCUUUUCCAGCACAGACCAGCAGCUGGAAAUCCAGUAUCAACCUGUUUUAAACACAGCCUCCUGUAUCACUGCAGCUUCAGUUUCUAAGUACUGGAGGAUCCACGUGGACCAGAUGCAUCCACAGAGAGACGGGAUCAAGUCCUCGCUCAAAUGGGCCAAGAUCUACAGUUUGAAGAUGGGUGUAACCAACAUGUCCUUAAGUGCAGGCGCAGUUUGAUUACCUGUCAAACUAGUUGCACUUCUGAGGAAGUGAAACUCAGACAGUUGUUGCCACUGAGAGGUGAAAUGGCGCAAGGAGUUCAGCUGGACCGAGAAAAAUUCUGCUGUUCGAUCUGUCUGGAUCUGCUGAAGGAUCCGGUGGCUACUCCCUGUGGACACAGCUACUGCAUGAACUGUAUUAAAAACUUCUGGGAUGUAGAGGAUGAGAAGAAAAUCCACAGCUGCCCUCAGUGUAGGCAGACCUUCACACCGAGGCCUGUCCUGCUGAAAAACACCAUGUUAGCAGAUUUAGUGGAGGAACUGAAGAAGACUGGACUCGAAGCUGCUCCUGCUGAUCACUGCUAUGCUGGACCUGAAGAUGUGGCCUGUGAUGUCUGCACUGGGAGAAAACUGAAAGCCCUCAAGUCCUGUCUGUUCUGUCUGGCCUCUUACUGUGAGAAACACCUCCAGCCUCACUUUGAAUCACCUACAUUUAAAAAACACAAGCUGGUGGAGCCCUCCAAGAAGCUCCAGGAGAACAUCUGCUCUCGUCACGAUGAGGUGAUGAAGAUGUUCUGCCGUACAGAUCAGCAGAGUAUCUGUUAUCUCUGCUCUGUGGAUGAACAUAAAGGCCACGACACAGUCUCAGCUGCAGCAGAAAGGACUGAGAGGCAGAGAGAGCUCAAGGUGAGUCGACAAAACAUCCAGCAGAGAAUCCUGGACAGACAGAAAGAUGUGAAGGUGCUUCAGCAGGAGGUGGAGGCUAUCAAUGGCUCUGCUGAUAAAGCAGUGGAGGACAGUGAGAAGAUCUUCACUGAGCUGAUCCGUCUGAUGGAGAAA